CGAAGGCGCUUAAUGCACGUUCAUCUUUUGGGCUUGAGGUGUCUGUUUGCGCCGGCUGCGUUUCACGGGACCGGACGGAUGCAUCGGCGAAGCCAAGACUCUUCCAAGUUUCUCCACAGAUCUGAGAUUACUUCUUCUAGCAAGCGUCGCCGAUGCUCCGCUUCUUUCUUCCAUCCUCCUCCUCUUCGUCCGCCUAUCCCAGCCGCCGCCGACGUUCUCAACUCCCCGUAGCUCCUGAAUCACGGACCACGAGCCAGGCGAGACUUGCCCUUCCGAGUUCGAAGAGGGAAACGACAUAAUAUCCCCAUCCCACCGGCCGGCGACGAGAAGGAGGUCACUUUGUCAGAUCAAACUUGGACCAGCAAGCUGUAGCCGUGGUCAAUCUGCGUCAGCAGUGCCCCGCGCUCAUCCCCACGGGAGAUGCCAAGCGCCACGAAGCCAUGCGCAAGAUGCAAAGAGCGACAUGAGAAGUGUGAUGAUCAACAACCCCGUUGUAGCAGAUGCGAGAAGCGCAACGUCGAGUGCUUUCGUCCUGAACGACGGCCAUCCUUCCGCCAGGGUUCUACUGCCAAUUAUGAUGGAGCCUUCUCCCGGGAGCAGCGCUGGGUGAACAGCCGACCUCGAGCUUUCCGAUUCGACAGUCGAGCACCAAACAGCACUCCUGCUACGACUGAGGAGAAGGAAAUCAGCAAUGAUACGCCCUCCAGUCAUGCACAAUCAUUGCCGGAUACCGGUGUCGCUGUACGCAACGUCUUACACGAGACCGGCCGCCCUCUCUCCGAGGCCCCGGCCCUCGUGAACCCCGAUGGAGGAGUCGAAGAUAUCCAACCGCCAAUACCGACACCUACCAAACGUCGAAGAACCGAGCCUGCGCUGCAAGAUGGUGACCAUUUCUUUUCUGCCUCACCAGCUGGGUCAGGAGCAUCAGGAGCUUCUCCCUGGUCAAAUACAGCCUUGUCAACUGGGAGAGUGCGUCUGAGAGAAGAUGAGGCAUCGAUGCACAGUCCUCAUGCUGUGCCUCAAAGCGUUGACCACUUCUCUCCUUCCGCCGGUAGUUAUCACGCCACGAACCAAGAUCAUAAUCUAGUCGGGAGCAUACCGGAUGCUCAACCAUCCGAAGGCAUCCAAGAAGCAUGCCUAUUACGGUAUUUCGUGGAAGAGCUAUCUCAAUGGUUCGACCUCUGCGACGAAGAGAGGCAUUUCCAGCUCGUCGUAGCAAGACGUGCACGCUCGUGCCAGCCCCUCCGUGACGCCAUCUCCGCCGUCGCGGCGCGCCAUCUAUGCCGACAUCCCAAGUUCUGGUCGGAGCCAGGAGGCGGAGGCGUCAUUGUCUACCAACGCCAGCUCCUCCCCGAUCUUACACCGCAGAGCGCUUUCGAGUAUAUGCUUCGCUGCAUACCCGCGCUACACGAAGUCUCAAGCACUCAGGACGAGGAGUACCGCGAGAACCUGGCCGCUGCGGCGCUCAUUCUUCGCCAGUUUGAGGAGAUGGACCCUGAGGAUUCCCAGAGCGUGCCGGGGUCAGAUUUUGGGAACGCGAAUGGGGACGGGAAUGGAACGGUUCAUGGUAAUCUGAAUAGCAACGUCAACUUUCUUGACAUCACAAAGGCAAUCUUGAGGGCAGCGCCGCCCUCUCGAUGGUCUGGGCUCUUGAACGCCGUGUACUGGGUGGCGGUGAGACAGGAGAUUUACUUUGCCCUGACACUGGAGCGGUCGCCGCAAAUCACGGCAAGGCCGGAUCAGGGACACAAGGUAUCAUUUGCGAAUCGGCUUAUUUGGUUCAUGUCCGAAGUGGCUAAGUGGAAGAUGGGAGACAGGAUGGAAGAGGAAUGGGAGAGAUUGCGGAUCGAACAAGGUAUCCUCGCGGCCGAAUGCACGCGGCAAUUUAUACCCAUAAUACAGAGGCCAGCGGAUAGGUCUCAAGGCGAGAUAUUUCCCUUGGUCUGGUACGGUUCUGAUGUAGAAGUCACUGCGUUACAGCAUUUCAUCUUGGCGAGGAUGAUUCUCCUAGCUGAGGAUCCUAGUCUACACGGACAAGGCUCAAACAGGCGAGCACAUCGAGAAGCGGAACAUCAGGUCCGAGAAAUGACACUAGAGCUGUGUGGCCUAGCUAUGCAUCAUCUAAGAGCACCGCCAAACUUGACGACUGCAGGGAUAGGGAUCAUGUUAUACGGGGACUAUUUCAAUGAUCAGUGGGAGAGAGCGGUGUUGAUUGGCGUGCUGGAGGAGUGGAAGAGCCAUCAUGCUUGGCCUGUGAGAAAAGGGUACCAAGCACUCGGUGCGGACUAUGUCCCAUGAGUGUUCCAGUCCAAAAACCCUCUGUAUAUGCGUCGUAUAAAGAGGCAUUGGUUCCGUGGAUCAACUGACUCUAUGAUAAGUACCUACGUGAAAUGAGUGAACCAUCUACCUUGGGGUUUCGUCUGUUCUCAGGGUCUUCUUCCAUUGGCU